CGCCGAUUGUGGCAGACGUAGUUGACGUAGCUACCGUCGCAGUCACGUUGUGACGCCGUCACGCCGUGUCGCGCAGUGAUGGCUUCACGCCGAUAUCAACCGGGGGACCGGCUGCUAGGCAGAGAACCGGGGGACGCCCGGAAGCGAUGGGAGUCGGAGGGGUAUGAAUACGACAUCUUUCCCCAACUCCCUCCGCGAGAGGCCCACCCUCCGAAGCGAUGGCGGUACCAGGAGCAAGACAGUCCGUCGUCGUUGUCUGAGGCAGGCUGGGAAGCAGAAGACGCUUCGCGACGGCCUUCACAACCCAAACAAGCAUCUUUCUGGAGCACGCCGAGUAGCCGCAAGCACGCAACUCCGAGGGGCUCUGCCGCAAAGUCGUCCGCGGCGCAUUCCGUCCACACAGAGCACGAGCCCUCGGAAUCUUCAAAGAGGGCAGACGUUCCCGAGGCGUCGACUUCGGGCGUCGGUCGCCGUCCCUCGGCCUCGAGGAGUUUCGGCACGAGGUCGUCCGCGGAACGACCUGGGCAGGCGGGACGGGAACUGUCUCCGCAGUCUUCUGGGGACGACGAGGGGCCCGCGGUGUCUACAUCCGACGUCCAGCGCCGUUCCGCAGUUCCCGAGGCGUCGGCUUCGGGCGCCGGGCGCCAUCCCGCGACCUCGAGGAGUUUCAGCGCGAGGUCGCCGGAGAAACGACCCCAGCAGGCGGAACAAGAACCAUCUCCGGAGUCUUCCGUGGACGACGAAGGGCCCCCAGUGUCUGCUUCCAGAGUCCAGCGCCGUUCCGCAGGGGCCAAACCCACGCCAGAAAGACGUCCACCGACCCCGGCGCGCCAAGCUCCCGCACAGCCAUCGGCGGCGGCACGCCGAGCUCCAGAGCCACCGGCACCGGAGCCUUCGGCACCAAAGGGACCCGGCAGGAGGCGAAAGUCUACCUCUCCCAGGAGGAGCAAUCGGAGGUCGAAGCAUCACACCCCACCCUGGCUCAAGAACAUCCGUCGCCUCCAGAGGACUACGCAGCUCCUCAUUCCGCGGCUGUCGUUUGCGCGGCUGGUGAGGGAGAUACUGCAGGGUUUGGCCCCCAGUCGCUCCGACCACUACUACAUGCAGGGGCUCGCCUUGCAGGCGCUACAGGACGCGUCGGAGGACUUCGUGACUAACUUCCUGUCGGCGAGUUACCUGUGCUCCCUCCACGCCAAGAGAAAGACCUUGAUGAGGCCAGACAUGAUUUUCCUCCAGAACCUCCUCAAGGCCUUGGGCGCCAGCAUCGCCACGGCCUUCUGAAGCCGCCCGCUUCCUCCAGACGCCGACAGUGCUCUGUACAUAGCUUCGUUUUGCCGACAUUGUAAAUAGUUUUCUUCUCAUCGUUGCAUUUCCAACACUCCGUUCGCCCCCAAGCUGACAAUGCAGUGGAAGUUUGUCGCCACACUGUCGGCUCGGGGACGAAUGUGCGGUCGAGGGCCCAAGAGGCAGGAAAGCGCCACCUCGCAGGUUCGAUCGCGUUCCGGUUUCUUGCGUCCGCGGUUGUGUGUGGACAAAGUCGUUCACUCGUCAACAUUCUCACUCUUCCUUGCACCAUUUUAGUGUUUUAACUGUGAACUCGUGCUUUUUGUUUUUCAAUGACAAAGUUGCAUUUGCAACAUUAACGGACACGCGUACGGAAGCGUGCAACCCGCUCCACAUAAAGUUUUCUGCGGAUUGGUGUCGUAUUUGUCUGUUCUCGUAUUGCACCUAAAGUUCGGGCACUUUUUCCUUUUUUUUUUCUCAUGUAUUUCAGCAUAUCACUUUUAAUGUUUGUUUGUUUGUUUUUAUUUUCAAUAAAGUUGUUUGUCAUUUUAGAGAUUAGGGCAAAGGUGUUUGAAUCGGCAUCCCGAUUUCGAGCGGAGGUCACAGUAUCAAGAAUGGGAGGGGUUUUAGGCCUCGUCAUUUGGUGAACUGCUUCCAUGAGACAGUAGGUUGCGUGCAAGCAUUGUGAUUGAGCAAUUCGACCAGAUGAGAUAUGUUUGCGUAGUUUUUGGGUUUUUUUUCUAGUGUAUCUGAAGAACACUCGGCACGUUUCUGCUUUAGUUAAAGGGUCAUGAUGCAAAAUCUUGACAAUAUUUAAGUUAUUCGUAAUAUGAAAUCAUUGCAAGCGGCUUAGUGCUCACCCUUUAAGGGUUUCGAGUAACUUGCAAAUGACUGUCUUUUUUUUUUUGUUUUUUUUUUUUUUGCUCUUGGUUGAAUUGGAUAAUGAUCAGGAAGUUUGAUGUCUAAUAGCAAUGAACUGAGUGCCUAAGUAUACUAGGAUUCUGUGUUUUCAAAUAAACCCAGAAAAAC